CAUGCUGUCUUGAGGAUGGUGGGUUCUCCCAGGCGGCGCCCCCUGCUGCUGGUCGGUGUGUUGGAUUUUCCAUCUCAGAUGUCUGAACUCAGACAGACUCUACAGCUCAGAGACGCUACAGGAGGCGUGGCCUGCGUCACCACGGAAACCAGCGAGGACCACAGCAGAAGACAGAGAGCGUCCUACAACACCGCCUGGAUAGGAUGUCUGGUGUGUGUCCGACAGUUCACCAUGGUAACGGAGAGAUUCCUCCAAUCAGAGUUCCCCUCCUACCAACACCUGGACCAGGAGAAGUUCAUCACUGACAGACACACCAGAGUUUACCUGCAGUUUUCUCUGGACCACCUCCACAUCCUGAGUCCAUCUGUCGCCAUGGUAACUCACCUGAGGCAGAAGAGGGAGCAGUCAGCAGGUGAUGUCACAGCGAGGAAGAAGACUGCAGACAGGAAGAGGAAAAGAGAAGAAGACACAGGCUCCUCUCACUCUGCCUCCUCUGUUACCAUGACAACGAGCUCUGUGGGCGGUGGCUCCCGGCCCUGCGUCUCCAUGGUGAUCAAGGUGGAGCAGAAAGAGGGCGUGGCCUUGAGAAACACAGGGGCGGAUACAAAGGAGGAGGCGGGGCUGACACUGUGCUUCUCAGCCAGAGCUGCUGUGAUUGGUCCAGUGGUCAGAUGGGGGCGGGACCCAAAGAAUGAACCAAUGACAGCCAGAGAGGCGGAGAGAGAGGAAGAGGACAAGGUGGUUCUGGUGUUCUCAGGUGCAUCUGCUCGAUGGUUUCCUGUCCUCCAUCCUGGAUGUUUCUACAGACUCAUUGCUGUUAACACUCAGGAUCCCAGUGUUUUCAUUGGCUCUGGAGUCUCUGGACAGAGUGGGGUGGAGCUCCAAACUGACUCCACCCUUCAGGUCACGUCUGAUUGGAGACUCCACACUCUAACACGCCCACAGCUCCUGCACACCUGCAGACAGGUUCUCUCAUCCACGGUCCUUUCUGUCUCUGAUGUUUUGGACAGCAGGUCAGAGAUGGUGUGUUUCCAGGGUCUAGUGUCUGAGAGGAUCAGUGUGAGAGACAGGACCACCCACUGUGGAUACACAGGUGAACACUCGGGUAAAUACAUACAGGUGAACACAUACCUGAGUGUGCGUCUCACGUUGUGUGACCAAAGUGGGAGGAGUCUCCAUGUGUACCUGGACUUAAGCCACACCCCCUACCCACCUGGACUGUUGCCUGGCAACACCUUGCUGCUGUCUGCUGUGCAGAGGAGGCAGUCCAGGACAGGAAGUGUGUACUGCAGGUUUCUACCUGUCAGCUCGAUAACCGUCGUCUCUCAGGGAGACACCAGGUCGCCCCCUCCUCCUGCUCCCAUCAUGCAUCUGGGUCCGUGGGCUCUGAGCUCAGAGCAGAGCUGCUUUGUGGGUCAGGUCAAAGGUCAUGUGGUGUGUUUCCUGUUCCUGCAGCUGCAGUGGAGCUGCUCACUGUGUGGCAGUGUGUACACACAGUCUUGCUGUUCUCUUCAGUGUCAUUCCACUUCAUCCAUCUUUCAGUCCAAGCUGGUGAUUGAUGAUGGGACAGGUGAGGCUCACGUCUGGUUCUCAGGUGUGCUGGUUCGUCUUCCUGGAUUGGCUGAUUCUCAGUGGGAGGGGCUUGAGAGAGCGCUCAGGGUUAAAGGUCACAUCAGAGUCUAUCCCCGGGGGCGGAGCUUGGUGUGUGACGGUGACUCUGAUGAGUCUCUCUUUAACUUCCUGAUGUGUGCGUGCAGCAGUGAUGUUGUCUGUCGGCCGAUUUCCCUCACCUGCAGGAAGCACACCUACCUUAGAACAGAAGAGGUCAGGAGGUUCAGUCGAGCAGACAGAGACUUCGUCACCACGUUGCUCCGCCCUCUGCAGCUCACCUGUCUACACCUGCACUGAUCCAGUCUACUGCCUGUUGUCAUGGCAACACCUGUGUCUAAGCCCCGCCCCUUAUCGUUGACCCAGCUGAAGCAGUGUACCCAGUCCUGUUUCUGAUCUGUGUCAUUGAUUAGGUAUUGGUCUGCAGUAAACUGAUGUUCUGAAGGAUCUGA